UAACAAUAAUCAAAGAAACUUUGGUAAGUUUUCCCGACACUCAUUGAAAUUGCUGUUUUUUUACAAUUCUUGUCCUUCAUACUUCUUUGUUCCUCAUUAUGGUGAAGCAAGUGUAGAAACUCGCCAAUUAUAAUUUUGUUUUGGUAUCUUUUUGCCUAGAGUUGCCUAUAUCCUCAUUUAAUGGAAAUAUAUGUUAUCAAAAAAUUAUUUUUGUUAAACUUUUCGUAAACCUUUAUUUACAUACGACACAUUUCCUUAGUGUUUAAAAACUCUCUUAACGAGCUAAGUUUAUUGAAAAAAUACAAAUGUAAAGACUCCAAAGCUUUUAAUUGAAAGUGGAUCUCUUGUCUUUUAUUACCUAAACGCGAUUCUUAAAGUAUUGGCAAUAAUUUGCAUAGCUGCCAUAUCGUUUAUUAAUUCGCCGCAUAAAUUCGUACCGGCGUUUAUAUUUUCCUUGCAUUGUUUGAUGCAAGAAGCGAAGCCUAGAACAAAAUAGAAGAGUAAGAAUUGCAUUUUUGUUCCUAUUAUUGCGUGUUAAUUCGCAAUUGCCUAUAAAAAGUAAAAGUGGUUUUAAAAUUUUCGUUUCCCUAUAUUUUAUGAAUUUAAAAGAAAAGGCUAGCUGUAAAGCUGUUUUGCAUACAAUAUUAAACUAGCGAUAUUAAUGCAACAAAAAGAAAAUAGUAACUUAACAAAAGUUAUCUCAAGCUUAAAGCAUUAUCAGUGACACCGAAUUAAAUUGCAGCAGCAGAGAUUGCACUCGGACACUGGGCGAAGCAACGGUGAAUAUGAGUUCCUACACGCAUGCUGAUCCCAUAGCGCUUAGCUUUAACGACACAUGCCUUCGUAUGAGCGAUGUACAAUUACUACAAGGACCGCAUUGGUUGAACGACCAAAUACUUUCAUUUUAUUAUGAAUACCUGGAAAAGGUUAAAUACAAAAAUAAUCCGGAUCUAUUAUUUGUCGCACCGGAGGUAACACAAUGUAUGAAACUAACAGAUGAUGACGAAUUGGAAACCGUACUCAAUCAAUUGGAAGCGCCACGAAAGCAAUUUAUAUUCUUUGCACUCAACGACAAUGAAUCCACACAAGCUGGUGGUACACACUGGUCACUCUUAGUAUUUUCACGACCGGAAAAGACGUUCUUCCAUUUUGAUUCGUGGGGCAACAAUAACUCGUUAGCAUCACAACAAUUCGUACAUCAAAUUAAAGUUGCCUUGAAUUGCCGCCAAUGCCACAUAAAACCGAUACGUUGCUUGCAACAAGCAAAUGGAUACGAUUGCGGCAUACAUGUUAUAUGUAUGACAGACAACAUAGCUGACUAUGUGAACAGAUAUGAGUGUGUGGAGGGUGUGGGACCACUACAUCAGGAUAUAAUAAGCGCAAAACGAUCCGAACUACUGAAAUUAAUUCAAUCGUUAGGAGGAAAGGUAUAAAAAAUGCUAUAAAAAUUAAGGAAAUUAACGGUUUUACUGCACCGAAAUGUACGGUGAGAUAUAACCUGAUAGCGGCUGUUAAAAAAAAUGAACGAAGAAUGAUCGCUAAUUGGUCAUUAUUUUUUAUUAGGAAAGCACAGGGAUAGUUAUAGAAAUAAACGAAAAUAAUAAAUUAGUGUCUUCUGUGUUAAAAUUGCAGUGACACCGAAUUAAAAAUGAUAAUCUACUUACAUGAAAUAAAAUCUUGUUUCAAAAGUAUGUAAAACAUGAUAUUAUAUAAUUUUUGAGAUGUAAAAACAUUGAUUUGAAAAAUGUAGACUUUCAAAUUUCCAAAUUAAAAUCCUUUUGAAAAGGUAAAUAAAUGAAAUGAAAUUUAUAUGAAACCAUAAUAUAAAUUUUAUGCAAAGGGAUUCUUAUUUAUCGAGUACCCUAUAUAAAAUAUAUGUAACUAAAAAACAAAAAGCAUAUACAUACAGACAUAAUUUAAAGAAGGCAUGUGAAUAAGUAACAUUUUAACCCUGUAAUAUUAGGCUACAUUAGUUUUAUGCUUCGGGUUUUUUUUUCAAACAAUGAAUUGCCGCUUAGUUCCUACUGCAAACUAUUUCCUUAAAAACGCUUUAUGCAAGUAUAUGUAUAGUUUUUGCUCCAAUAUGUGCUUAGCACUAUUUAAACACACAUAGACUUUCUCGAAAUAUAGUAAGUAAUAUUACUCUGAAAUGAUUUUGCAUGCUACCAACACAUACAAAUAUUGUAUGCGUUGAAACUCGCCCUUAAUUAUAUUCAUACACUUUUCUAAUGUUUAUUUAGUUUUAGAAAUAACACUAAUUUUUAAUAAAAACUACAUACUCGUAUCACGAACAAA